ACCCAAUAACUGCUGGUUUAAACUAGUUUAAUCCAAAAAUUCCAGUAUGGAUUUUGUAAAAUGCAUCUCUUGUACUUCAUGUUUACAUUUUUGCUUGUUGGCAGGAAACUGGGGAAUAGAGUUGUGGUCAGAUUUACCAAAUUUGCUACAAAGAUUUGCUACAUUGCCGUUCCUACUGAAAAAGAAUCAAAUAGUUAUUGUACAACCAUGAACAGAUGUUUUGUUUGGUAUGUGUGAUCAGUGCCAAGGUGUGUCGUUAAGCUAUGAAUUAACAUUUCUAAAGAAGCGGUGCGUGUUGAACCCAAAACCCAGUACGACAGUAUGUGUUCUGGUAAACGUUUGGCUUUCCGAUUUAAAGGUUGUGUGUACAUUUUAUUUCCAGCUAGCAAGCAUCAGGAAACGACACUAAUCAUAUUUCUCCAUUAGCUGUUGUCCAGUAUGAUAUAAAAGACAGGCUGGCCUGACACUGGACCAUUGAAGAUGUAUUUGACCAUGGUAAAGUAUCAGACAGGGAAAAAUGUGUUGGCAGCCCGUUCUCCAGUCUAAACCAUCGCCAUCCAUUUUGAUUCUGAGGCCUGUGACAUUUUCAGUCCUGUCUUUGUGCUCGGCAUAAGGCCUUUCCUGCAUUCCUGUGAGCUGCUCUACUGGUAAGCUGUGUGUGCUCUUUACAGCAGCUUCCCUCAGCUGGAGCUCAGUGUGCUCUGCAGGCAGGGAGUGGAUGUCUUCAAAAUGGACGCCACCACACACACUGCCUCAGAGCCGUGAAGGGAGAGGGAGGGAAUCUGAUAUGUUCCCUCUCUGCCUGUGUAACUGAAUCCCCCAUGUUUUUGAAAAAUGCACACAAUCAGUAAGGACUAUACAGGCUUUGAGGGACUGAGGGACUUGGUUCCAGGGAUUUUUUGAUAGUGAGGAGAAAUCCUCUCUGCAUUGCAGCACUGUGUCUGCGGAGAGAGGGGAGAAGAGAGCCUGUGUGGCACACUGAGCCGGCCGCCCAAUCAGGCAGCUCCGUGUGGCGCUCAAACCAAUCAGCAGCUCACAGCCGAGGUUAAAGAUUGACAAUCGCAUAGAGAGCAGCAGGGAGAGCAAGGCCCUUAUGGAAAAUUCUGCACCCAUCUUUGUCUCAUCCCCCACCGGCCUCACUAAUUGAAAAAAAAGAGAGAGAAUAAAAAAAGGCUGAAGAAUCUAUAUUCUGUGCGUAAAGAGAAAAAAAGUGUGGCUGAGGAGGAGGUGAAGACUGAGUCGGAGGCAGUGGAGGGGAUGGAGAUUGCUACACGAUCCAAAGUUUUAGACCCUGUGCCAGUGGAACGGGCGGCGCAGAAACGCAAGGUGCCCAGCCCUCCUCACUCAUCCAACGGCCACUCCCCAGCUGAGACCUCCCCCAGCCCGGUUAAAAAGAAGAAGAAACCAGGAGCGGUCAGCAGCAGUAAAGACCAGUCAGAACUAAGACAUGGUCCCUUUUACUAUGUGAAGCAGCCAUCACUCACCACAGACCCUGUUGAUGUUGUACCGCAGGACGGGAGGAAUGACUUCUACUGCUGGCUGUGUCACCGCGAGGGCCAGGUGCUCUGCUGUGAGCUCUGCCCGAGGGUGUACCACGCCAAGUGCCUCAAACUGCCCGCAGAGCCCGAGGGGGACUGGUUCUGUCCCGAGUGUGAGAAAAUAACAGUUGCAGAGUGCAUAGAGACUCAGAGUAAAGCAAUGACCAUGCUAACGUUAGAGCAGCUGUCUUACCUGCUAAAGUUUGCUCUCCAGAAGAUGAAACAGCCAGGUGACCAACCACGCUCGUCAUGUCACUCCCCUCAUGCAGCCGCCCCGCAGAGAAAGGCUUUUAAUUGGACGGAACCCUUCCAGAAACCAGUAUCUCUUGAACAGCAUCCAGACUACGCAGAGUACAUAUUUCAUGCCAUGGACCUUUGUACAUUAGAGAAGAAUACAAAAAAGAAAAUGUAUGGGUGUACUGAAGCUUUCUUGGCAGAUGUGAAAUGGAUUUUACACAACUGCAUCAUUUAUAAUGGAGGCAAUCAUAAGCUCACCGCCACAGCUAAAGUUAUAGUAAAAAUCUGUGAACAUGAGAUGAAUGAGAUUGAGGUCUGUCCAGAGUGCUAUCUGUCUGCUUGCCAAAAGAGAGAUAACUGGUUCUGUGAGCCAUGUAGUAAUCCACACCCUCUGGUGUGGGCCAAGCUGAAAGGGUUUCCAUUCUGGCCUGCCAAAGCACUGCGAGACAAAGACGGGCAGGUGGAUGCUCGCUUCUUUGGACAACACGAUAGGGCGUGGGUCCCCUUAAACAACUGCUACCUCAUGUCCAAGGAGAUUCCCUUCUCUGUAAAGAAGACUAAGAGUAUCUUCAACAGCGCCAUGCAGGAGAUGGAGGUCUAUGUGGAGAACAUGAAAAAAAAGUUUGGAGUGUUCAACUACGCCCCCUUCAGGACGCCCUAUACCCCUGACAACCAGUACCAGAUGCUUCUGGACCCCGCCAACCCCUCGUCCGGCUUGGUCCGGCCCGAGAAGCAGGAGAAGAUCAAGUUUAACUUCGACAUGACUGCGUCCCCCAAAAUGCCCUUGGCCAGGGGCAUGCUGUCCGGUGGGGGAGGGGCCAUGGGGGGAGUUGGGGGGAGUACAGGCCAGAGGAUCUCCCUGACAGAUAUGCCCCGCUCACCCAUGAGCACAAACUCCUCUGCUCACACAGGCUCUGAUGGAGAGCAGGACAACCCAGACAAGGGCCAGACUAGAGCCCCCGCAAGCCACUUCAGUGCAGGAGAGGAAUCCAUGGACUGCACAGCAUCACCAGCUUCGACACGACCCGGUUCUGCUUCUGGUGCCAAAGACAGCCCUAAACCGGCCCUGUCUCUCGUCCCCAAACAGGAGAAAGCAGGCUCCACAGGGAGCAUCCUUAACCUAAACCUGGAUCGUAGCAAAGCCGAGAUGGACCUGAAGGAGCUGAGUAAGACUGUACAGCAGCAACAGCAGGGGGCGCCACCAAUCCUCCCCUCACCCAAGAAACAAAUCAGGAGCCGUUUCCAGCUCAACCUGGACAAAACUAUCAAGAGCUGCAAGGCCCAGCUGGGUAUAGAUGAGAUCUCUGAGGAUGUGUAUAAGGAAGUGGAACACAGCGACUCAGAGGAUUCUGAUAAAUCAGAUUCAAGUGACAGCGAGUACGCCAGCGACGAGGAAACCAAACCUAAGUCGAACGAGCCGGUGGAGGCCACUGACAACAGAGAGAAUGACCCUUCCAAGAGGGGGUCAAAAGACCCUCUGCCCCCUGGCCAAAGCAAGGAGGGCAAAACGGAGGGGCCAGCUACAGCCACAACCAUUGCAGAUGUGGGGGUAACAUCUACCCUCCCUGAAACUUCUAAAGAGAAACAGGUUGUGGAUUCCGACAAAGAGAUCCCAGAGAAAGCCAAAGCUGCUCCAGCGUCCCCAGUACCCAGAGAGAAGGCACAGGUGAAGCAGGAGACCAGGCAGCCCUCUCUGGUGGAUGACUCAGACUCUGAGAGGGAGCUGGUGAUCGACCUGGGGGAGGACCAGGGUGGCAGAGACCGCAAGAGGAGUCGGAAAGAUGCACAUGCCAACAAAGAUCCACCAGCAAAUAAAACAGAGGGCAAAGCCCCUUCAAGUGCCCUUACCGUGUCACAAAACCCCACGGUCCCUUCCCUAACCCCCUGCGUGAAAGACCCAUCACAGUCUCCACUAGCCAUACCUCUAAACAUGGUGUCCUUCACUGCUGCUGCUCCCACCACUGUUGGCCCCGCCCCACUGCCCAUUGCCACAUCCUCAACGGCCCCUGUCGCAGCCACCUCCUCUACCGCCACCGUGAAGAAACAGCGCCCUCUGCUGCCCAGGGAGACUGUCCCCGUGGUGCAGCGCGCAGUGGUGUGGAGCCCCGCCAACAAGUUCCAGACGUCCUCCCAGAAGUGGCACAUGCAGAAGGUGCAGCGGCAGCAGCAGAAUCAGCAGCCGACCACGCCCCCACUGCAGGCGGCGUCGCCGGGCCAGCCGCAGUCGCUGCCCCAAACGCCGGCGUCAGCAACAACAUCGCCUCCACCGCCAUCCUCGUCGCCACAGCAGCCUUCCCAAAGCACGCGGUACCAGACCAGGCAGUCCGUUAAAGCUGUCCAGCAGAAAGACCUUCAGCUCGGUACGUCGACUUCGGCUGUAACUUUGGUGACCAGUGCCCCUGCCUCUGUGGCCAUGAUGGCAGCCACCGGAGUAGGCACAGGCCCCUCCAACUUCCCCUCCACCUCUGUGGCAGGGGAUGUACAGAUCCCCACCGCGUCAGCGGACGUAGCGGCUGACAUUGCCAAGUACACUAAUAAAAUAAUGGACACAAUCAAAGGAACGAUGAGUGAGCUAUACAAUGACCUUUCCAAAAGCACAUCAGGCAAUACAAUAGCAGAGAUUAGACGAUUGAGAAUUGAAAUAGAAAAACUGCAGUGGCUUCAUCAACAGGAGCUGUCAGAAAUGAAGCACAAUCUAGAGUUGACCAUGGCAGAGAUGAGGCAGAGUCUGGAGCAGGAGAGGGAGCGCCUGGUGGCCGAGGUGAAGAAGCAGAUGGAGGUAGAGAAACAGCAGGCGGUGGACGAGACCAAGAAGAAGCAGUGGUGUGCCAACUGCAGGAAGGAAGCCAUCUUCUACUGCUGCUGGAACACCAGCUACUGUGACUACCCGUGCCAGCAGGCCCACUGGCCGGAACACAUGAAGUCCUGCACGCAGUCAGCAACAGCUUCACAGCAAGAGCCUGAGUCCGAGUCUACUACAGACGGCCCAAAUAAAGCCCCAGGGCAGGCCAGCGGUGGUCAAACCUCCAUCAGAGAAAUGACAGCAUCUGCCUCCAUAGACAAAGACUCUAAUGUGGAGAAAAUCAAGGACAAUGUCAUGGUUAGUCUGUCCUAACACUGAGCCCUUGCCCUAACACCAAGAAGCAGUCAUUACACUUGGACCUGUAAAAUAAAACUAUGGACACCUUCUUAACUAAUGGACACUGACAGUUUUCUUCUGCAUUUCUCAUUUCAAAUCGCUGCUCUGGAGCAAUCCAAAUGCUUUUUUUGUUUUGUUUCUUAUUGAUAUUUUUCCUCAGUGUUUUUAUCCACGGUUGAAUAUUUCCGAAAAGCUACAAACAUUAUUUUCCUUGGCAAUUAUACCUUAUGACCUGGAAAUCCGAAAGGCCAAAGUUGGGGCAUGUGACCACUAGAGGGCAUCACUUGUUCUCUCUAACGCAUUACACAUUACACUCCCAUUGCAACCUUACAGAAGCAGACUUGGCAUAGAAGAAAUUUGAUGACUACAUCAGCAAGUGUAUCUAUUAUUGUCUUUACUAUAUAUGAAUAAACAUGUAUAGUUUUUGAAAGUGUAAAGAGUUAGACCUUUUGACUGUUGGUCACCUUGCUGACCGAACUCAGUGUGAGUGGACCAGAAUGGAAUAUGGCUUAAGGUGACUGUUGAUCACCUAGAUGACCGAACUCAGUGUGAAUGGACCAGAAUGGAACAUGGCUUAAGGUGAAUGUUGACACACAGGUCUGUGAUUUAUUUUUUUGUAUUGUCCAUUUCGUACCUUAAUUUAUUUUUUUAUUUAUACUGAAAUGUUACUAUAAGGUAUUUUUUACAGACGUCAUGGUCAAUGGACCACCUGUUGAAGAUGGUUGUGAGGCUUUUUAAUUUAGAAUAUUUUUCUUUCCUCCCUUGUACUCAUUAUUUUUUUAUAAUGCAACAGCCAUUUUGUCUGUUUUUGACAUUUGUGUUUAUUCUCUUUCAUUUUGUAUUGUUGCAACUGAGACAUUUAAAGGCAAACACAGACUUAGUUUUUAACAAAGAAAGGGAAUAAAAUACACCACUAGUUUUUGAUUUUUUUGUGUGUGUUUUUCUGAAGAGAAUAGAAAAACAAACAUUUACAUAUCUGGUUGAAAAUCAUAGCAUACGUGUAUUAAACUGGUCUUUGAGCAUCAGGUUUUAGUGCUUCACUACACCUUAUUCACUCAUCUGCCGGGAAAACCCAUUUCUUUCCAUAAACUAUUGUCAUACUACAAUCUACUGUAAUGGAAUCAUUCCUUUCCCUGUAUAGAAAAGAAACUAUCUGAACUCUGUUGUAUUUCAUGUUGGUUUACAUUCUGUAAAUAAAUAAAAUAUGUUGUUCUGAAAAGUCA